GGGGAAGCAUUGGUGCUGGGUUCCGUUGCGGGAAGUUCGACAUCAACGAUAGUCCGCAGGAGACUCAAUUGCCGUCUGCAGCUCCCAGGAGUCUCCAUGUUGUUGAUUACCGAGAAUUACAUAACGGCCAGGGAGUGGGUAAAUCAGCGACGACCAAGCAAUUGGAGAUGGAGAGCCUCUGAUUCGUGAUGGACCAACUGCCCGCGUUUGAGCCGAUAUAAUUACAGGUACCUACCGAGUCUCUGGCUACGGUAGCGGAUAUCUUGAUCGACAGUGGUAGCCGUGAUCAACUCGAAUAUACCAGAUAGAACAGAAAGAAAAAGAAAAAAGCAAAAAAAAAGCCAUGUCAUCAUCAUCAGCCCCGGCAGACACGGCCGGCGUGCCGCAGCUGCUGGACCUGACCAUCGACAACAUCACGCCCAACACGGUGCGCAUCAACUCGCAGGCCAAGGACGCGCGGCUGCGGUACCUGAUGGAGCGGCUGGUGACGCACCUGCACGACUUUGCGCGCGAGACGCGCCUCAGCACGGCCGAGUGGUCGGCCGCCAUCGCCUUCCUCAUCGCCACGGGCCACAUCUCGGACGAGCGCCGGAACGAGUUCAUCCUCCUGUCCGACGUCCUCGGCCUCUCCCUCCUCGUCGACAACGUCAACCACCCGACCCCUCCCGGGUGCACCGAAGGGUCCGUCCUCGGCCCAUUCCACACGCACGAGGCGCCCGAGCUCCCCAACGGCGCCGUCAUGACGUCGGACCCGGAGGGGGAGCCGAUGCUGGCCGUCUGCACGGUGCGGGACAGGUUCGGGGCCCCGCUGGAGGGGGUCAAGGUCGACAUCUGGGAGACGGACAGCUCGGGGCACUACGACGUGCAGCACGCGGACAAGGAGGAGCCGAGCGAGCGGUGCGUCAUGCGGUCCGACGGCCGGGGCCGCUUCUGGUUCAGGGGCCUCAAGCCCGUCAGCUACCCCAUCCCCAACGAUGGGCCCGUCGGGAAGCUGCUGGAGCGCCUGGGCAGGCACUGCUGGCGGCCGGCGCACGUGCACUUUAUGUUUGAGAAGACGGGCUUUGAGAAGCUGAUCACAGCCCUCUACCUCCGCGGCGAUCCCUACGAGACGUCCGACGCCGUCUUCGGCGUCAAGAAAAGCCUGGUCGUCGACCUCGGCCGGGCCGACGCCGCCACGGCGGCCGAGUACGGCGUGGCCGAGGGCACGUGGCUGCUGCGCCACGACUUCGUGCUGGUGACGGCGGACGAGACGUCGGCGCUGCGCGACGAGAACGCCCUCGAGGCCCUGCGGAAGCUGGGGCUCAAGGUCCGCCUCGAGGACCACCUGCCGGUCCCGGACCUGGACUGAGGCCGUCACGGCAGAGUAGGUGGGGGAAGGCUUGGGUAUUUUUCGUUGCUUGUAUAUACAAGGGGGUUUGGAUUGCAAUAUCACAAUCUACAUUUACAGGCGGCUUUUAGUGGUGGGGAGAGGCUGUUGAAGCCCCCAAAAAGAUCCCACCACAAGGAGAAGAAGUCCCUAGAAGUUAACAGAAUGAGAAGCCGGCCGGCCUUCCUUUUCUCUCCA